AUGUCACUUUGCUGGGAGCUGAUGUCCCGAAAACGGUACAGUUGGUGUAAAUUACCGAAACUUAAUUGUGUCGUAAACUAUUACGACAAUAAUGAAAAGGAAGAUACAAAGCUAGCCAAAUUUUCGAUACUAAACUUGGAACAGCUUGGGGAACUCGUCGAAAAGAAUGUAGUCUCACAUUUCGACAAACGGUUUCUUCAAACGUUGAAAACAUAA